GAAUGUAUGGUAGAGACCAAGACUCUUCUUCCCAGCAAAAGAUUGGAGGGAGAAAGAGUUGACCGUGCAUUUGCUGCUUGUGAUUGCUAUCGGCGACUUGGUUUCCAGGCACCUCAAGAAUGGGUGACUCCUCUUUUGUGUCAGGCUUCAAAACUGGGUUUGGAUCAGCUUUCCUGCAAUUUGCAUUAGAGAGAUUGGCGAGUUUUGGAUCCGUUGCCUGGAGAGAAAUAGGCGUAAUAUGGGGCGUUGAGGAUGAGCUACGCAAGCUGCAGAGAACAUAUUUGAAAAUACAAGAACUCUUGGAGCAUAUGGAGGGCAGUUCUUUAAGGCUGUUCAAUGGGAGUAAGGCGUGGCAGAUUUGGUUCGAAGAUAUGAGGAAGCUAGCUUAUGAUGCUGAUGCUCUUUUGGACCAUGUCUCCCUACAUCUCUCCAGCUAUUGCUCGGUUAAUGCCCGUCAAGAAAAUCAGAUUUUCUCCAUGGUUCUUUCUUCCUUUAAUGAACUGAAACUUCCAAAUAAGAUAUGCAAAAUGCAGGAGAAGCUUGAGGAACUUGCAAAAGAAAUGGAAGGUCUAGUUAUGAUUGAAAAAUUGAAACUUGAUCCUUAUAAAUUUGCUCCUCCAAGAUUCAAUAGUUUGUGUUCGACAGUGUUAUUUGUAGAUGAUAAAACUGUGGUUGGGAGGGAGCGUGAUAGAGAGCACAUUGUUGACUGGCUUAGUGAGAAAUGUGAGGGGGGUGAUUUCUCUUUAAUGCCUAUAGUGGGGAUGGGUGGAAUUGGCAAGACGACUCUUGCCCGACUCGUUUAUGAUGAUGAAAGGGUUCGCGGUGUUUUUGGGAGGCGAAUAUGGAUUUCUAUAUCUAUGGACUUUGAUAUGGUUAGAAUUGCCAAGUCCGUAGUUGAAUCUGCUACUCUUUGUGCUUGCAAUCUGUCGGAUUUGAUCUCCCUUCAAGCCAUGCUUCGUGAUGUAUUGUCCUCAAGAAAGUUUUUGGUGGUUUUAGAUGAUUACUGGAGUGAGAGCCAUGCUGAUUGGGAUGUUCUCUCUUCACUUUUUAGAGUUGGCUCUAAAGGGAGCAAGAUUAUCGUGACUACGAGAAGUACUAAAGUUUCAUCGAUAGUGAGUUGUUCUAAAGCAUACAAAUUGGAGAAUUUGUCUGAUGAUGAUUGCUGGAAGUUGAUUGAACAAAGAACGCUUGCUAGUAUGCAGACGAAUCAGAAUUUGGAACCGAUCAGCAGACAAAUUGCAAAGAAAUGUAAAGGCUUGCCUCUGGUUGCCGUGACACUUGGAUGUGUUUUGCGUUGUAAGUCCACUGAGGAGGAAUGGCAUUCCAUAUUGGAGAGUGAGUUGUGGGACAUGCCGCAAACCGAAAAUGUGUUCCCAGUUUUGAUGCUGAGCUAUGUACACCUUCCUGCACAUUUGCGACAAUGUUUCGCUUACUGUUCCAUAUUCCCUCAAAAUCAUGAGUUUGAGGUGGAGGAGCUUGUACUCUUAUGGAUGGCAGAGGGAUUCAUUCAACCGGUAGGUGCAAGGAGAUUGGAAGAUUUGGGUGCCGACUACUUUCAUGAUCUAUACUCGAGAUCCUUCUUUCAACAGUAUAAGAAUCCUUCCAACAAGACAAUAUACAAAAUGCACGGCCUUAUUCAUGACAUGGCUCGAGUUGUCUCCAAAGAUAUAUGCUUCCGCACAGAGUACAACUUGUCAAAUUGUUAUCCCUUAUUUGGUAAUGCUUGUCAUUUGUCUUUGCUUCAUGACAGCAGUCAGCAGAUAGAGUUAAAGGCCUCUCUAAAGAAUGAGAGGCUAAGGACUUUCUUACUGAUGAGUAAUAAUGUUUCUAGCAGAGGAGAACUCCAUCCUGAACUUUUUCAACAUUUGCAAUCUCUAAGGGUGUUAGGUUUGAGUAAUAUUGGUAUUGCUGAACUUCCAAAUUCUGUUGAUAAACUGGAAUACCUCCGAUACCUUAACCUCUCUGGAAAUCCCAUUUCUCAUCUGCCUGAAUCCAUGUGUCGGCUUGCAGCCUUACAGACGUUAAAGCUUACGAAUUGCUCUCAACUUCGUGAUUUGCCAACGGAUAUGAAGAACCUGGCCAACUUACGGCAUCUCCAUUUUGAUGUACAAGGCCAGCUUCAGUCCAUGCCACUGCAAGUCGGAAGUUUAACUAAUCUCCAAACUCUUUCUGCAUAUAUUGUAGGUAGAAAAGAGGGAAACGGCAUUGGGGAACUCAAGACUAUGAAUGGCCUCAGGGGAUCACUUUGCAUAAAGAAUAUUGAGCACGUCUUAGAUUUAAAGGAUGCCGUGGAAGCCAAGUUAGGCAUGAAGACAUGUUUGGAUAGACUUGAACUUCAAUGGAGAAAAUUGAGGAGCGGACUAGAUCCACAACUUCUGGACCGUAGAAAGAACGAACAAGCUGAAGUCUUAGCAAAUCUUCAACCUCAUGAAAAUGUAAAAGAGCUGGUCAUUCAAAACUAUUGUGGCGUUAUUUAUCCGGAUUGGUUGAGCCAACCGUGGCGUAAAUUUACAAGUAUCCACUUGCAAGGGCUGAAAUAUUGCGACAACCUUCCAUCUCUCGGGCAACUUCCCUUCCUCAAAUACUUUGCAAUCUCAGACUUGCCGUCUUUGAAGUAUGUUGAUCAUAACUUUUAUGGUACAUGCAAUGCUGCAACGUUCCCUUCGCUAGAGUCGUUUCAAAUUCAUGAUAUGUCAGCCUUAUUGCAUUGGAGAAAUGUGAGCAACGAUGCCAUGCCUUGCCUAAACACUUUUACAAUUCAUGGUUGUCCUAAUCUGAUAAGUUUGCCACAUAAACUCCUAUCCCUUUUGCCAUAUUCAAGCAUCAGUGACUGUGGAAGCCUUCAGGCCGUACCAUGAUACAGUGUUUUCUUACAGCAGAACCGCUUUUACGAACCAAUAAUGACUCAAUCACAAGAAGAGUUGUUGGCCGCUCAUCUCGAGCAACAGAAGAUUGAUCACGAGGAGCCUUUGGUUGAGGAUGAAGAUGAUGAUGAUGAUGAUGAAGGAGAUGAAGAUGAAGCUGAAGGUGUCCAUACCACCCCCUUGGCUCUAACCCUAUUGCACAUGCUGUCAAUAUUGCCUUAUGAGUUUGUCCGUUUUUCCUUCUUUUGUGCUAGAGUUUGCCCUACUGUAGAAUAUAUGGUUCUGGAGAUUAAUCGGCGAAUUUGGGGCAUCUCCUUUUGCUGUUUUUUGUGUUUUGGAAAAAAGCGAGGUUCUUAGGAGAUGUCUUGGUAUGGGAACAUCUGGAUGAUCGUUUUGGCUGUCUAUGAUAUGUCACAUUUACUUGCAAACUGGAUUUGUGAGUUAUUUUGUCUCACAGUAUUAAGGAUAGGAAUGCAUUUUGAUGUUUAUGUUUAAGGCAAUUUGUAUGACAACAACAUAUAAUGAACUGUUUCAAAACUCAACAUUCUCAGUUGGUGCAACUUUACCUAUAACAUGAGAAUCCA